AUGCCUGGCAUCAAAGGAAGAACGUGCGCAACUUCAAUACGAGGGCUGAUUCCCUGGAUUUUAUUGUUCAACAUCAUGCUGCUGCUGUACUGCCUGACGAGCCCGAGUCAAGUGAAGAUCAGGAGUUCCCAUGAAGACACGUGCCCUCUCAGCAUGGCGAGACUUUUAAAGAAAAGUUCGACGAUGCCCUCUCAGAAUGCAGAAUCCCAGACACAAGCGUGCUCCCCCAAAGUGAACAUCAUGUUCAUGAAGACCCAUAAAACUGCCAGCAGCACCAUCCUCAACAUCCUCUUCAGGUUUGGCGAGAAGCACCAGCUUAAGUUUGCGUUCCCCGACGGACGCAAUGACUUCUUCUACCCGUCGCCCUUCCUGUGCUCUCAGGUGAAGGACUACAGACCCGGAGAGUGCUUCAACAUCGUCUGCAACCACAUGCGCUUCGACCAUCGGGAAGUAGCCAAGCUCCUGCCUCCGGAUGCUGUGUACGUCACCAUCUUGCGUGACCCGGUGGAUCUCUUCGAGUCCUCCUUCCAUUACUACCACAGAGCGGUUCCCCUCACAUGGAGGAUCAGCGGAGAGAACAAACUGGCAGAGUUCCUGAACAAUCCUCAGGCCUUCUACAGUCCGGAGGCGUACAACUCGUUCUAUCUUAAAAAUCUGCUCUUUUUUGACUUUGGUUUGGACAACAACCUUGACGCCGAUGACCCUCGUGUAAUGAGAGGCAUUAAUAACUUAUCGAGACGUUUUCAUCUGGUCCUCAUAGCAGAAUAUUUCGAGGAGUCUCUUAUUCUGCUUAAGGAUUUACUGUGCUGGAGCACGGACGACAUCCUGUAUUUUAAGCUUAACGCUCGCAAAAGCUCGUCUGUGUCUCGGCUGGACCCUGAGACGAGAGCCAAAGCUCUGCAGUGGAACGGAGCCGACUGGAGACUCUAUCAGCAUUUUAAUGCUUCCUUCUGGGCCAGGGUAGAGGCUUACGGGACAGAGAGAAUGAAACGGGAGGUAAACCAGCUGAGGGGGAGAAAUGCUGCGAUGAAGGCCAUCUGCAUUGAAGGUGGAGAAGCAGUUGGAGCCCAGAAGAUUCAGGACGGGCGUUUCCGGCCCUGGCAGCCGGUCGGGGAGAGUUCUAUCAUGGGUUACAACCUGAGAAAAGAUAUUGAUCCCCGAUUCAAGACAAUUUGUGAGAAAAUGCUCACACCUGAAAUAGAAUAUUUAUCAAACUUAGGCGUAAGCUUGUGGCUGACUCGGCUAUGGGGAUGGUUGAAAGAUACCAUUUACUGACGACUUACUAUUUUACUUUUACUAAAAACAUCUACUAUAAACAAUGUAUGUGCAUGCUGCCUACUUCUACAGAUGUUUUUAUCCAAUUUUAGGACAAGGUUUAAUGAUAAAUUCUAAAUGUUGCACCAGAUUUUUCACCUCAACUGAUGUUUAUUUGAACUUAUUAAAGAUGUAAACACGGCGAUGUGAGAACUGAAUAAUGAAAAUAGAAUGAAUUACACUCAGAAAAUGGUCCUCAGUCCCCAAAAGGAUCACAGAUGGCUCCCAAAUCACUCAGAUCAAGAGAGAAACGUUUCACUAUGUAAAAAAAAAAUGUGUUUACACUCUUCUAACGGGUUUCAGUGUGAACAGUGGCACUCC